UAAUUCGCGACGGACGGACGUAUAAAUAUGGCGACACAGUGACCGACAUAUCGUCAGUUUCGCUUUCAGGUGACGGAGAAGGAGGAGAGUGACAACACAAGAUCGACAGAGUGCAGACGCCUGCUGAGAGCUGACGUCAUCGUGCAAUCAAGAGACAACAAUCAGGAUGAAGUUGGCGAUCUUGCUCGGACUCGCCUUGUCGGCUCUCGUCUGUGAUGCAAGCGGCGGCGGCUACAGCAUCUACGGGGGUAGCUAUCCAAACUACGGCGCUAACAGCUACGUUCGCCACAGCUACCACCAAAGGUCGGGGCCGGGCGGGCACGCACGCUACGGGCACGGCUACGGACACGGAAGCUACGGCGGCGGCGGAUACGGACAGGGAUACGGACACGGCGGUUACGGAGGUAACGGCAUCGGAUACGGCGGUCAGGGAGGAUACGGAGGUUACGGAGGCCACGGAGGUCUUGGAGGAUACGGAGGUUACGGAGGCUACGGCGGUCAGGGAGGAUACGGAGGUUACGGAGGCUACGGAGGUCGCGGAGGAUACGGAAGUUCCGGAGGUUAUGGUGGUUACGGGGGUCAUGGCGUCGGAUACGGAGGUUACGGAGGUGGCGGCAUCGGAUACGGGGGUUACGGAGGUUACGGAGGUCACGGUGGAUACGGAGGUUACGGAGGUUACGGAGGUCGCGGUGGAUACGGAGGUUACGGAGGUUACGGAGGUCGCGGUGGAUACGGAGGUCGCGGUGGAUACGGAGGGUAUGGCGGUUACGGUGGUUACGGUGGAUACGGGCGUCGUAGGGGCUACGGACGCUACUAUGGACUCGCUAACGUUCCUCUGCCCAGCUUCGGAUACGGUUUGGAUACCUAUCCGUACGUCGAUCCCGUUUUCAAUCCGUACAAGAUAGAGAAACAAGCGUCGCACAUCGCCUACGCUCUGAAACCAUACAUCCGCGCAGCUGUCGGGCGCCAUGGAGGUUACGGGGGUUAUGGAGGUUACGGGGGUCACGGGGGUUACGGGGGUUAUGGAGGUUACGGGGGUUAUGGAGGUAACGGGGGUCACGGGGGUUACGGGGGUUAUGGAGGUUACGGGGGUUAUGGAGGUUACGGGGGUCACGGAGGUUACGGAGGUUACGGUGGAUACGGGUAUCGUUGAUAUAUCAUUUAUACAUAAAAGACAUUGCAUUAUUGAUGGGGGAUGUCCAAUGUUUACCCUUGCAGCGUACCACUCGUGUAAUUUAGCUCUAUGUGAUUUAGCUCGUCAUGUGAACGCGAACCUGCGAGCUUUUGUUCUUAGGCGUGUUAGCUGGUUGUGCUUCGCAUCGUUAGGACGAUAUUUGUACUUGUUGAGUAUGGUGGCCCAAAUGGUGAUUAAAUUAUUCACUAAAGGCUGAAGACAUGAUUAUCACUUCCUCUGGUUCUUUCUCUGAUGGCUUCGGGAUAUGAUAGUUGGGUGAUAUGAUAGCCAUCUUGGCCACCAUAGUUGAGUGUUCGCAUCAAAACGAAGAGGAGCGAUUGUUUUGUAAACUAAAAGGCAAAAGUGGUGAAGCGACUUGAUUAGGCGUUUCACAGUUCCCGCAUCAUUCUACUUUCAUUUUGUUUUGUUUUUGACAUUACCAGCCGUUUUCGUUUAAUUUAUUUUUUAUCAGCAUAUUCUCUUCCGUUUUGUUUUUUCCAUUUAUUAAUUUUGCCCUUUUCAUUUUUAUUUUUCACUUAAUAUUUGCCUUUUCUGUGUUUAUUUGUUUAUUUGGAUAAUCGCCUCUAUUCUUAACAAAUAUAAUGCAAUAAUACGACGGGUAAAAAUAGUUUAGUACUGUUUAUGCUGUCGUGCUAAUACUGUUAACUGUGGAGCUGUUACUACUGUUGUGGUAAUACUGUUAACUGUGGAGCUGUUAAUACUGUUGUGGUAAUACUGUUAACUGUGGAGCUGUUAAUACUGUUGUGGUAAUACUGUUAACUGUGGAGCUGUUACUACUGUUGUGGUAAUACUGUUAACUGUGGAGCUGUUAAUACUGUUGUAGUAAUACUGUUAAGUGCUAAACUGUGAAACUGUUAAUACUGUUUUGAAAAUACUGUUACCUGUUAGACUGUGAAACUGUUUAUACUGUUAUGGUAAUAUUGUUAACUGUUAAAUUGUUUGAUCUAAAUUACUGCUGACUAUUCUCUCAUUUAACCUGGUGUAAUAUUUAAAAUCUUGAGCGUUGUACUCGCUAAUGCCCGCCUGUGAUAAUUUGUUACGUAAUUAAUAAAAUGUCAUUAGACUGCGAAAUAUCA